CUAAAUUGUGAACAGCUGUUUGCUGCUGACCACGUCAAAUUUGUGCGCCGCUUAUGUCACAGCUGCCGCAUGUUGUUGUUGAAUCAGCACCGGCGAGGGUUUUUAACCAAUAACUGAUUUAAAAUGACGGUGUUUCACGACGAGGUUGAAAUAGAAGAUUUUGAGUAUGAUGAAGAAACAGAAACAUAUUAUUUUCCUUGUCCAUGUGGUGACAGAUUCGCGAUAACGAAGGAGGAUCUUGAGAAUGGUGAAGAUGUGGCCACCUGUCCGAGCUGUUCACUAAUAGUUAAAGUAAUCUAUGAUAAGGAGCAGUUCAUGUGUGGAGAAGUAAUUGAAGCACCAAGAACAUCAGAAAACAAACUAGAGCUGGCCCAGAGCUGAGAUAUCAACAUGGACUUAAUACACACAUCUGUCACAUCUGUUACUUACUACAUAUGCAGAUCUUUUGUGAGGAAACUGACUGGAUCUCAUUAACUGAUACGUUUUGCGCCCAGAUUUUGCACAUGAAGUACUAUUCUGUUAAAGCUAUUUAUUUUAUUUUUUUUUUUAAAAACCUUUUUAAAAUAUGCUCUAUUCUUGUUUGAAAAUAAAAUUUUCACGAUUUGAACAAA